GGAACGGUUCGUCUCAUCGUCAUAUCACAUUAAGACGUUGCCAAUAAUGAUUCCUUAGUUUUAAGGACAUAAACGUUUAAUAAUUCAUUGAGUGUUUCAAAAUGAAGACGGCUGACAGUGAUAAUCCUUAUAGUGAUGUUAAAGAAUUGACUGAGUUGCAACCGCUAAACGAAAAACCGGCUUUAAGUAAUAACGAUGAAGAUGAUUCUGUCGAACUCCAGACUUUCAGUGAAAAAUUUCAGUACGCAUUGAAGAACGUUACUAUAGAACCGACGAUGAUAUUGUUCGUAAUAUCCGCGAUCAUUACAAUGACCACUUCACAAAAUCUAAGCUUAGAGAAAGCGUGUCGGGUAAAUUUGAAUUUCAGUGAUGAAAUCUGUAGUUCGCUACGGAUGCAAAAAAUGGAAAGUCAAAAUGUAUACGAGAGGGAUACUCAAAAACUCUUAGCAGCCGCUAUGAGCUGGAGGACUUACAUUACUGCCACAAUACCGUGCUUUAUGGCAAUCUUUAUAGGGUCGUUUUCCGAUAAAACAGGACAUAGAAGAGUAUUCGUAUUAAUACCUAUAGCUGGACAAGUUCUCGUGAAUAUAAAUAAUAUAGCAAACACAUAUUUCUUUUACCAAUUGCCUUUAGAAGUGCUUAUUUUAAGUGAAGCUAUCAUAGAAGGUUUCUCGGGUGGUUGGUGUGUAUGUUUCACGACUAUUUUUUCUUAUAUUUGUGCCAUUACGACUCAGAAGACAAGGACAUUUCGUUUAGGAUUGGUUAAUUUUUGCAUGACUGUCGGUUUUCCCGUUGGCAUGGGACUAAGUGGUAUUUUGAUAAAGAAAUUCGGAUUUUACGGAUGCUACGCGAUAUCUGGCUCUUUGCAGUUAAUCAACUUACUGUAUAACAUUUUUGCUGUAAAAGAUCCAAAAAGAAGUUCGGAGCAUAAAGAGCACGAUAGAAAAGGCGCUGGUCACUUCUUCCGAACAUUCUUCGAUCUAUCCAAUAUCAAGGAGACUGUGAUAGUAGUCUUUAAGAAGGGCCCUAACAGAAGAAGGCUUCGUAUGAUUGUUCUUCUCUUGGUCGUAACCAUCCUCUUCGGGCCAAUGUUUGGCGAAAUCUCAAUUCUUUACAUGUCGACAAGAUAUAGAUUCAACUGGGAUGAACUCCAGUUCAGUAUGUUCCAGACGUAUAACUUUGUGAUCCACACAAUAGGUACAAUCUUCUCCAUCGCGGUCCUGAGUAAGUACUUGCAGUGGCACGACUCCAUGCUCGGCAUCAUAUCCACUAUCAGUAAGAUCGCAGCCUCCUUUGUCUACUGCUUCGCGCCCAACGAAAGAAUAUUUUACAUCGCACCUGCUAUUGAAAUCCUAAAUGGCACUUCACUGUUGGCUCUACGGUCAAUAACUUCCAAGUUAGUUGCGCCCAAUGAACUCGGUAAAGUGAACUCGAUCUUCAGCCUGACAGAGAACCUGAUGCCUUUAGUAUACGUUCCCCUCUACACGAAGGUGUACAGUGCCACCAUGGAGGUGUUGCCCGGGGCUGUAUUCCUCCUGGGGGCUGCUAUGACGCUACCAGCGGUUGUAGUGUUCCUGUGUCUCUUCGUAGAACACAGAAAAGGACUCAAGAAAAAGCCUGAAAAAAUAGAAAAUGGACUAUGAAGAUCAAAAUUAAAUUUAGAUUUAAUCCUAAGAAAAUAUAGUUAAGUUUUCCCACCGAAUUUCAUCAAUUUUCAUGGUACACAACCUAAUUUACCAGAUAAUAAAAUAAAUAAAAUCAGCUAUCAAAAGUUACUUUUUACUCAUAAUAAUUUACAGAACAUUUCACAAAAUGGCAAUCAGAAUCAAAAUUUGUCUAUACCAAAUUACAGAAUAUUAAACACAAUAUCAACAUAAACUUUGUUUUAAUUUUCUUAGUUCUCUC